AACGUUUAUUGUAUUAAAUGCCCAGCAAGAUGGCGGCAAAAGGUGUGGUCCGGCGUGAAGCAGCAGUGGGCCGCAAACCCUAAUUCAUUUCAGGGUUUAAGUUCUUGAACUUUUAUCGAAUUUCUUAGCUUUCUUUUGUUUUUUUCACCUUGGAUUCUGGCGUUCUGCCAGUGCCACCACUGCCAUAGCACUGACCAGACUCCAAUUCCUCACUUCAUUUCCUCUUCCACCAACCCCUCUCUCUCUUUCUCUCUCGCACUUCCGCCAUUUGCAUUUAACACCUCAAUAAACGCAGCAGCAAAAGCUGUUCUUGCUCUAUGCGUUUUACUAUUCCUUCCCUCCCGAAACCAAGCUCCGUAUCAUAUGCUCUGCAGCUGGCUUGUUCCUCCGUUCCCUUGGUAAAGAUCUCUCCUUUCCUCCGUUUGCUUCUUCGGGUGCACAAAAAAUCUCGUCUUUGAGCUCGGGAACCCUCGAUCUGAGCUCGGCGAACCCAUCGAAGAUGAAAAGUUUCCGUCUUGGAGCCUUUUUCCUGGUCUCGUCCCUUUUGCUGCUCGUCGAGUCCGGCACUACGUCCUUGAACGAUGACAUCCUCGGCUUGAUCGUGUUCAAGUCGGGGCUUGAAGACUCCCAGUCCAAGCUCUCGUCUUGGAACGAGGACGAUGAGAGCCCCUGCGGCUGGGCCGGCGUCCGAUGUGACCCCAAGUCGAACCGUGUCACCGAGCUCAACCUCGACGGGUUUGGUCUCUCCGGCAGGCUCGGCCGCGGCCUCCUCUGGCUCCAGUUCCUCCAGACGCUGUCCCUCUCGGACAACGACUUAUCAGGUAGCCUUAGCCCUGAUUUCCUCCGCCUCGAGAGCCUCCAGUCGCUGGAUCUCAGCGCAAACAGCCUCUCCGACGCGAUCCCGGACGGGUUCUUUGGACAAUGUAGGUCCAUUCGCGACAUCUCCUUGGCGAAAAAUUCCAUCUCGGGGAAGAUUCCGUCCGAUGUGGGCGCUUGCUCCACUCUCGCGGCGCUGAACCUGUCGGCGAACCAGCUUUCCGGUUCCUUGCCGAGCCAAAUUUGGUCUUUGAAUGCGUUGAGGUCGCUCGACCUAUCUUACAACUCUCUGGAUGGAGAGAUUCCCUCCGGAAUCAGUAAAAUGUUCAAUCUGAGGGCUAUCAGCUUGAGAGGCAACAAGCUCACUGGCCGGUUGCCGAAUGACACUGGAGACUGCUUAUUGUUGAAGUCCAUAGAUGUAGGAAAUAACCAGCUGUCGGGAGACCUCCCAGAAUCUCUGAGCAAACUUUCUACUUGUUCCUACCUGAGCUUGAGUUCAAACUCUUUCUCCGGGGAAGUUCCAGCGUGGAUUGGAGAAAUGAGCAGCCUUGAAGCCCUAGAUUUGUCGGGGAAUCAGUUUUCCGGCUCAGUUCCAAGCUCACUGAGCAAUCUCCAACACUUGAAAGUGCUGAAACUUUCUGAAAAUAACUUCAAUAGCACUGUGCCGGAUUCACUAGCUGCCUGUAGGAGCUUGCUGGAAGUGGAUUUUAGUUGGAACUCAUUGACGGGGAAUCUUCCAUCAUGGGUUUUUGAAUCAGGAUUUGAGCAAAUUUUGUUAUCAGGGAAUAAGCUUACCGGACCGAUCGAAUUCCCUCCAGUUAUAGAUUCAACUCUCCAGAAGUUGGAUCUGUCUGACAAUGCCUUCUUCAGCAAAUUCCCAAAGGAAGUCUCGAAUCUUAGAAGCUUAACAUUCCUCAAUCUAUCAUAUAACUCACUAUAUGGUUCCAUACCAGCAAGGUUAGGUGAGCUGAAAUCUCUCAUAGUUGUGGAUGUUAGUGGAAACGGGUUAAGCGGGAAAAUUCCCGAAGAAGUUGGCCUAGCAACAUCCCUUAAGGAGCUGAGGUUGAAGAAGAAUUCUCUCUCUGGAGAAAUUCCAACUCAAAUAGGAACUUGCUCUUUACUUGCAUAUUUAGAUCUUUCUCAAAACAAUCUUACUGGAGCAAUUCCUGAAGCAUUGGCCAAUCUCACGAAUCUCCAAGUCGUCGAUUUAUCCCUCAACCAACUCUCAGGAACCAUUCCUAAGCAACUCUCUGACCUCCCCCACCUCCUUUCCUUCAACAUUUCCCACAAUCAACUUUCUGGAGAUCUCCCUGCUGGAAGCUUCUUCAACAAAAUCCCUCCCUCAUCCUUAACAGAUAACCCGGGGCUUUGUGGAUCGGUUGUCAACAUCUCUUGCCCUGCAUUCCUUCCAAAGCCUAUUGUACUUAACCCCAACUCCUCAUCACCGGACUCAUUGCCGGACACCAUGUUUUCAUCAACCAACGGCAGCCACAAGAAGAUUGUGUUAAGCAUCUCUGCUCUCGUUUCCAUCGGAGCUGCUGCCAUAAUUGCCAUAGGCAUCAUUACAAUUACUGUUUUGAACCUCCGUGUUCGUGUUGCUACAUCCAAUUCUGCUGCAGAAUUGGCUCUCUCUGAUGAGUAUAUUAGCCAUUCUCCGACCACUGAUACUAACUCUGGCAAGCUUGUCAUGUUUGCUGGUGGUGACCCUGAAUUCAGUGCUGGUGCCCAUGCUGUUCUGAAUAAAGACUGUGAGCUGGGUCGAGGAGGUUUCGGUUCAGUUUAUAAAACAGUCCUCAGAGAUGGCCGAUCUGUGGCAAUAAAGAAGCUUACUGUCUCAAGUUUAGUGAAGUCGCAAGAAGAUUUUGAGAGGGAAGUCAAAAGGCUGGGGAAAGUGCAACAUCCAAAUCUUGUUGGCCUUGAAGGCUAUUACUGGACUCCUUCACUUCAACUUCUUAUAUAUGAGUUUGUAUCAGGUGGAAGUCUUUACAAGCACCUCCAUGAGUGCUCUACCUCUAACACCCUCUCAUGGCAAGAGCGUUUUGAUGUGAUUCUCGGAAUCGCAAGAAGUUUAGCAUAUCUCCAUCGGUUCAAAAUAAUACACUACAACCUGAAAUCUAGCAAUAUUCUCCUUGAUGGUGCUGGCGAGGCAAAGGUAGGGGACUAUGGAUUGGCGAAGUUGCUGCCCAUGCUGGAUAGGUAUGUGCUCAGUAGCAAGAUACAGAGUGCGCUCGGUUAUAUGGCACCAGAAUUUGCUUGUCGUGCAGUGAAGAUUACAGAGAAAUGUGAUGUAUAUGGAUUUGGAGUGUUAGUGCUUGAGAUUCUAACAGGAAAGAGGCCAGUGGAGUAUAUGGAGGAUGAUGUGGUGCUCCUUUGCGAUUGGGUAAGGGAGGCAUUGGAGGAUGGAAGGGCGGAGGAAUGCAUUGAUGAAAGACUUUGCGGGAAAUUCCCUGUUGAAGAGGCUCUUCCAGUUGCAAAAUUGGGAUUGAUAUGCACCUCUCAGGUGCCAUCUACCAGGCCAGAUAUGGUUGAAGUUGUGAACAUACUAGAGAUGAUCAGAUGCCCUCAGGAUAAUCCAGAAGAGGAGCUUUCUUGACGGUUUGGUCCACAAUCUCUGCGACAUAAACCAGUUAUAUGGUAGAUACCUAGAAUGAUGAACUAGCAUGGUAGAUGGAUUUGGUUUGCACGAAAUGAAAGUAGAAAAAGAAGGCCUAGCUGCUACAGAAUAGCUUGACUAACAAUUUGCAAGCUAGAAAUCCUUGUGAAAGUUAAUCGAGGUUUUUCCCUUUCUCUAGUAUUUGUGUGCUGCUGCAAGGUGGAUUACAUUCACCAGGUUCUUAUUUGUAUAACCUUCUUAAGUUGCAUUUUACCUUUCAUGCUUCUUUGCUUCCGUUACCAAUAAAAACAUGGUUUCUUAGAAGCAGGUUGGGUAAAAGCACAAUGUGCAACUCUUUAUGUUAGUAUGUUUUGAGUGUAAUUUAGGAGGUUGAUCUUGAUAAAUCAGCUUCAAAUUGGUUUUACGCAA